AUGUCGGACUUCCUUCGCAGGGCAUCUGACGCUUUCCACCACCGCCAGCGUCAAGACUCAACAGACUCAACGGACACGCCCAAGGCCCCCGACGCAGCAAAUCCUCCCCAGCAAGAGCCAGUCAAUCAAAAGUUUGAGUCUGCCCAGCCUGAGUCUCAUGUCAACGAGGCUUUUUCUGGUACAGCGACAGAAAAUGUUGCCAACCCGAAGCAACCCCGUCAUUGGGGCUGGGGAAAUCGCCAGAGAAAUGCUACCGAGACAAAGCAGCAAUCUAGCCAGGCGCAAAAAGACGAUACUGACUGGGUUGUUGGGACGUAG